AUGGAUGAAGUUGGAGCGCAGAAAUUUAAAGUUUCACAACUACUGCAUCCUAUCACUUUCAUAAACAAGGCUCCCGAUGGUAAUGAAAGCAUAAAAACAAUACCUACUCGCCUCGUCGACUUCUUAAACAAUCCGAAUUUGAAAAAUUCGGAGUUUCAAAUAUUAUCAUCAUUCGCUGAUGACGCAGGAAGUCGAACCAUUCGAGGAUCUAGAGAGGAUGAUGCUUUAGGGGCUACCGACAUUCAAUUUUAUGAUGUCUUUGAGACUCCUUUGAGAUCAAGAAAAGAAAAAAAAAUUGUUAAACACCGACUAAAGAAGAUGGAAUCAAAUGAAAGUUCUGCUGAUUGGAUGAUCUCAAAACAUAAUUCAAAUGACAACGUUAGCGAAAGUCGCACUGCAACAAUUUCUCAUCAAAAGUCACCCUCACGUGAACGAAAAGAAAAUAUGAACCUACACGUAGACAAGAUUUCUCCUAUCGACACCGUCGUAAUUAUCAAUCUACACAACGGAAGAAGCCAUAGCAUUAACCCGAACCGCAUGUCCAUA